AUGCGCUGUGCAGGCUGCGCUGAAUGCGCACAUCCCGUAGCGGUUUCGAUAAUGGCGUCUGACUCCGAGAUACGCUCGGCAUUGGAAAAAUGAAGCGUAGAAGAGCUUAUUUCCAGUGAUUGACGCGGGGCUUAUUUCCAUUCGCGGACUUUGCCUCUCUUGGAACUCUCAGGUUCACGUUCCGAUCUCAGUCGCGACGCCCAGCCCGAGAUGAUGAAGCUCAAGUCGAACCAAACGCGUACCUAUGAUGGAGACGGGUACAAGAAGCGGGCCGCCUGCCUGUGCUUCAGGAACGAGACCGAGCAGGAGGUGUUAUUGGUAAGCAGCAGCAGAUACCCAGACAAAUGGAUCGUACCCGGAGGAGGAAUGGAGCCCGAGGAAGAGCCCAGCGUCGCUGCUGCCCGAGAAGUCUGUGAAGAGGCUGGUGUUAAGGGCACUUUAGGAAGACUAGUAGGAAUAUUUGAGAAUCGAGAUCGGAAACACAGAACGUACGUCUAUGUUCUCAUCGUGACCGAAGUUCUGGACGAUUGGGAGGAUUCAGUCAACAUUGGGAGAAAAAGGGAAUGGUUCAAAAUCGAAGAUGCCAUAGAAGUGUUGCAGUGUCACAAACCAGUACAGGCCACGUACUUCGAGGCCCUGCAGGAAGGCUGUCUGAACAGUAACGGGACGCCCCUGGUGGCCACGAUAGGCGGAGGAGACCUGUCGCCCACCUACAGCAUUAAUCAGAGCUCCGUCUCUGAUAUCAGAUAACUAAUGCAAAACACAGACACUCUGGAUGCUUCCACCACUCUUGCUCUUACUUUCAUAAUUCUAUUCUUCUUUUGAUUCUUUUUCUUUAAAAACAGACACAAAAACAACGGUUUGCCAAGGCUUUUUAAGCACAAAGAAGGUGGCGCAGACAUCAAGUGUUGGCUGAAUAUUCGAAAUGAUGUUUUGUAAAUGUAACACUUUUGCUUUUUCCUGUUUAAUCCUCCUUUCAUGCGGACUGUUGCAUGAAACCCGCGACCCACGUCCUUUUAGCGGCCCAAGUGUGAGAUUAAACGAAUGCAAGAACUACUCUUUACUGUUGUGAUGUAAAAAUCUACACAUGGUGCGUCAGCAUGUGGCUUUCAGUAUUUUUACACAUUAGAUUUCCUCUGCGUGCGUAAGUGUGAACGAGUUUUUCAUUAGUUCUCUUUCGGCGCUUGUGAGAAAACGUUUAGUCUUCUGAAUGGUGGAACUGUAAGAAAUUAAUAGUUUUGCAUGAACACUGGUAUUUAUUUGGCUUAUGAGUUUGCGUGAUGCGAUGAAUGUUUAACCUGUACUUCGUGUUAAAUUGUUGCUCUUAACUUGCCCAUUUUGUUUUGGUCUUGCCAUCUUGUAAAUAACUUAUGGGCCUGCAAAAACUUAUUUAAUUUAUACUAUUACCUGAUUCGAUUAGAGCGCAGUUCUACAAGCGCACACUUUUUUCCCAACCCGCUGAUGUUUGAAGGACUUUGAAUUUAGUAUUGCAAACAUUACAAUGAAUCUUGUGUGUAAUUUUGUGCCACUAGCAGCACCAAUUCAUUGCAGAUAAAUUGUUCUGACAUUAUUUUUGCAAUUCCGUUUAGUGCCGCUAGUGAUGUAGAAACGAAACAAUUCCCCUUUAAGCAGACUGUGAUAUAGUGGUGGUAUGGUUUGGCAGGUUGUUGUUGUGCUGGAAUGGUUUUCUGUAGCACUUUUUUAAAAUCAACAUGAAAACAAAUGUACUUUUUAACGUAUUUUCAUUAGUGCACCAUAUUUUGCAACUGCAAUCCCAUGAUGGUGUGAAACACUCACUUUUCAUGAUGCAGUCACUUCCAGAUGGAUGGAAGUCUCGUUUCGUUUCUUCCUCACAAUACGUUAUACAUUUUAAAGAAGUAAAAUGGGUUGCACAUACCAUGUUGAAUUUAAGAAGUGCCAUGGAAGAUAAGAGUGAACAGUUAAAUCAAGAAGUAGCUUGGAAAUCCUCUCUCUAAACUAGAAGAUUCACUUCGAUUUUCAAAG